CAGACUGACAACUGCGAAUCGAACAACAUCAGGAAGAACAACAAGAAUUUUAACAAAAUGGCCACUCGGGAUUUGCAAUUGAAUUCCGGCAUGCGAUGCGCCAAAUAUAUGCUCAUCAUAGUGAGCUUUAUGUUUGCGCUCACGGCUGUUCUGCUCAUCAUGGUGGGCACCACCAUACAGACAAUUUAUGGUGAUUUCAGUGUCUUUAUAGACGGACACUUCUCCUCACCACCCACCCUUCUGAUUGCCAUUGGUUUUAUUCUAAUUGCGGUGGCCGCUCUUGGUGCUUAUGGUGCGAUGAGGGAGAGCGUUAUGGUUAUUAAUCUGUACGGUGUUUGCCUAUUCCUGGUCUUUAUACUCGAAGUGUCUGCCGCCAUUGCCGCCUUUGUUAAUGAAGGACAGGUUCGAGAUAUGCUGCAGCGCACCAUGAAUCAGGCAUUGGCUGAAUAUAAUAACGAUGACUUGGUGAAGGAUGCCGUCGACUACAUGCAAAUUGGCUUGGAAUGCUGCGGCGUGCUCUCUCCUGAUGAUUGGAAUCAAUACAUGAAUGCAACGAUCGAAGCCGACGAAAUUGAGGUGCCCCAAUCCUGUUGCAUAGAAUUGUCGCCGGAAAUAUACGCGGAUAAUAUGGUGAAGUGCGUUACGACCUUCAGCUACGGCUGUUUACCCAAAAUGAAGUACAUCGUCUCACAGAGCGCCAUGUUGAUAGCAACGGGCGCCGCCACAGUGGCCGUCGUCCAGUUUCUGGGCGUGCUUUGCGCCUUCAUGCUGGCCAAAACGUUGCGUCGCAACAAGUCUAUACGCGAAGCUCGUCGCUGGCAGCUCCAGCAAAGCCUGGGCGUGCUCAUCUCUGGUGGCAAGAUGGCACCACCCGUCAACUCCCCGAUGACGGGCUAUCACCAGCUGGAGAAGAACGAGUUUGCCACAACCGAACCCUACACUUACAUGCCAAAUAGUCCAAGUGUUAACUAAGGCGCACGCCUCUUCAAAUGUUUAAUUUAAAACUUGUAUUUACGUAAUCCCCUGUACAGCAAUUAGUAAUUGAAUAAAGCUUGCCGUUCCACAUUGUUUAGGACUGCUUGCACAAACCCA